AUGGCAAAUAAAAGUGUUUUAUUUUCCAACCCUGACUGUUUGCCGGUAGAGAAUGUAAUGUUAUCAGUGACGAAUGCCGGCGUUGUGCAGCAAAUUAAGGCGUUGGACCCAUACUGGGUGGAGAAGCGUGAGAUGACGAUAUACGAGCGACCACCGUCAGGUAGCACCAUCGUGCUGGGAGCCGUCGACACCUGGAAGGCCAGGAUGGAGGGGUACCUGGAGGAUGUCAAGUGGCUACUCAGCUUAGAAUAUCAUAGGUUUUGGAGCACAAUCCUGUACCACUCUCAGUGUAUGGACGCGCUAGUGUCGUUCCUACAAGAGGCCACGCCGCCCUACAUACCGCCACACGAGAGCCGCGACGUACAGAAACUGUAUGAGGACAUACGGAGACAUGUGCUGAUAGUGUUUAGUCGGCUUGUUACUAAUAAGGAGAGUAAGACACAAUGGAUGACCAAAGAAUUCAUGGCAGAAUUAUUAUACGAUAAGUUUAUAUUUACGAUACCGAUCAUAUGGGACCUGUGCCUGACUUACGGAGUGGACAAUGGGAGGCAUGUCGGCAGGGUCCUGGACUGCGUGUUUGGGCUGCAACCGAGGUACGAAGGCGAUGCUGUUGCAGCUGUAGCUUUUGUUAAGGAGGCAUUCAAAUACAUAAUCCUACAAGUGAACAAAGACUACGAUAGCGAAGAUCCACCGAACCUUCCAGAAACUUUCAAAGGUUUCUCGGAGAUCAGACGUCCGUCCAACUCGAAGGCUGCAGACAAACUGACAUUUGGCGUGUUAAAAGACUUAGUAGUACAUCUAUUGGAUACCAGUAUGACAAUGAGGAUAUUCCUCGAAGUGUACCCGAAGAGUGUGCCCAUAUUUAGGAAAACGAAUUUUAUUAUUAGUAUAGUUCAACUUUACGAGUAUGGCAUCCCGCUCUUGUAUGAGAAGUUGGAGGAGACGGGAGAUCAGACCAGCGUGACCUACACGGAAAUCGAAGGGUACAUCGACACCGCGCGAGCCGAGCUUAUAGACAUAUUUAGAGAAAUACUGGCAGCUUAUAAAAGUGCUAUUUUUAGUGGAGAAGGCAGUAUAGCGAACCUAGUAGAAGACUACCUAGCUGUGAUGAUGGACGGUCUCUCUGAGAAGUUACUCAUCAAGGACUACCACUCCUGCUACCCCGUACAUGAUGACCUGGAGAUGUUACGGCAGGCGUACCCUGACAUAGACACAGUAAAGACUGACUUCAUACUCCAAGCUAUCUACUCCAACCUGGACGAGCCAGUUCCCGAGUUGCCAGCCCCAACAGACAAACUUACCAACGGACACAUAGAAACUACCCCUCAAGAAAAUACUCCCACAGAUGCAGAAAUACCCGACAAUGUUAGGGAAGAGUCUUUAAUAAGUGAAGUUAAAGAUAUUUUCCCACAUCUAGGGGACGGUUUUAUUUUGAAAUGCUUGCAACAUUAUGGGUUUAAUGCGGAGAGGGUUAUUAAUAGCGUUUUAGAAGAUAAUCUGGCUGAGCCAUUGAGAGCAUUAGACCAGUCCCUACCAAUAAUACCUGAAGACCCAUUAGACAAGAAGUUCCUAGAGACUGGCCAGGCUCGUCUGAACGUGUUCGAUGGAGACCAGUUCGACAUCAUGACCAGGGACGACGUGGAUGUCUCCAAGAUCCACGUCGGCAAACGAAGGUCCAAGUACAAGGACCUUAAAGAGAUGCUGGAUGAUAAGUCUGAGGUGAAGAAGAUGGUCGAUAUUUAUAGCAAGUAUAACCUGGUAUGCGACGAGGAGGCCCUGUACUCGGACGAGUACGACGACACGUACGACUCGGACGGCGUCGCGCCCACCGCCGACCUCGCCGACGACGCGCGGAGACCAUUCGUCACGCCACGGGCACUGCGCCAGUACGACAGGGACCAAGAGGAGGAGUCUGAAGACGAGCCAGAAGGCCAAGAAGAAGAGAAGCCAAGUAGUAGUCGAAGUAAGAUGGACUUCUGUGUUAACCCGGAGGAGAUGCGCGCGCGCAGGGAGGCGAGCUACCAGGCCAGGCGGGGACGAGGACAUGGAACUCGACCCGCCCCGCAACCCAGGAACACGGACGUCACAGGCAAGCCUCGAGGUCAAGGUCAGGAGAAGGAGGUUCUCCACAACAGAGACAAGAAAGAGAAGAACAAGUCAGCCAGAGCCAACCACAACCGAAGGUCUGGCGCGCAGUGGAAGAGGAGCCAGGGCAUGAUGCCGUCGUAA